AUGCGUACUGCUUGGCUUCUCACCCUACUUACUUACUUACUAAUCAAGAGCACAACACAAGCUCCCGUCACCAAUACAACAUGCGACCCGGCAAAAGAAUUCGACUGUGGGAUCGGAAGUCUCAGAUGCAUACCAGCCGAAUGGCAGUGCGACAACAUAGCGGAUUGCGACAAUGGAAAAGACGAGUUGGGAUGCACGUAUGCCCAUCACUGCGGCAACUCCUUCUUGUUGUGCAAGAACACACGAUGUGUGGCCGGCGAAUUCAAGUGUGACGGAGAGGACGAUUGUGGUGAUGAAAGUGAUGAGCAACACUGUGAAUACAAUACGAGAAGAUCGCGAUCAGGUCGUCCCGCUCCUCCUCCUCUGCCAAACACGUUUGUCGGUCAUAACGGACCUGAAUGUUUCCCACCAAGAUUGCGAUGCAGAUCAGGACAGUGUAUUCAGGCAGAUCUCAUUUGUGAUGGACAUGCCGAUUGUUCCGGAGGCGACGAUGAAGUCAACUGCACGAGAGGACCCAUUGUAGAUUUGAAGAAGACACCUUCUCUCAAUGAAAUGCACCCUGACCCAACUCUUUUUGCUCAUGAUGAUUAUGAUAAAGAGGAAUGCCGUCACGGAUACGCUCUCUGCUUUAGUGGCGACGUUUGCAUCCCGAACAACUUCUUCUGUGAUGGAGACAUCGACUGUGAGGAUGGUUCUGAUGAGCUCAAUUGUGAUAUCAACGUACCAAGCGAAGAGCAAUUCCUUUCGGGACAAGCUGACCAUAUGCAUGCCUGCUCUGCAGCUGGAAAGUUUGCAUGUGAAACGAAAGGAACCGAAAUAACUGUCUGUAUUCCAAUGAACGCGACAUGCAACGGUAUCAAGGAGUGUCCAUUGGGAGAUGACGAGUCUCGUCAAUGUUCGGAAUGUGCCAGAAAACGAUGUGAUCACACGUGCAUGAACACACCUCAUGGUGCCAGAUGUAUCUGUCAAGAAGGAUACAAACUCGCUGAUGACGGCGUCAGUUGUGAAGAUGAAGACGAAUGUGCCACGCAUGGACACAUUUGUCAACAUUUCUGCGAAGAUCGUCUCGGAUCGUUUGUCUGUAAAUGUGCCAACGGAUAUCAAUUACAAGAGGAUGGACAUUCAUGCAAAUACGAAGCCACUUCUACUUCCGAAGGAUAUCUUUUCAUCAGUUUAGGAGGAGAGAUACGUCAAAUGCCAUUGGCCGAUUUCAGCGACGGUUCGAACUAUGCUCCUGUUCAAAAGUAUGCCGGACACGGAAACAUAAAUUCAGUCGACUUUAUGCAUCGCAACAAUAAACUGUUCAUGGCAAUUUCUGACCCACAAGGCGAGCCCACUGGAGAAUUGGCAAUGUCAGAGAACGGCUUGUUGAGAGUUCUCCGUGAAAACGUCAUCGGAGUUGGAAAUAUUGCUGUCGACUGGAUUGGUGGCAAUAUAUUCUUCACACAGAAAUCUCCCUCACCAAGUGUCGGAAUCUCGGUGUGCAGCAUGAAUGGAUUGUUCUGUCGUCGAAUCAUUGAGGGAAAAGUUCACGGACAAACCUAUCGUGGUCUCGUCGUUCAUCCGAUGCGCGGUCUCAUCAUUUGGAUUGAUUCCUACCAGAAGUCUCAUCGUAUCAUGAUGGCGAACAUGGAUGGUUCUCAAGUUCGAAUUCUUCUUGACAACAAAUUGGAGUCACCAACGGCUCUGGCUAUCGACUACGUUCGUCAGGAUAUCUACUAUGGAGACGUUGACCGCCGUCUGAUCGAAAGAGUCAACAUCGACACAAAGGACAGACGAGUGGUGAUCUCAAGCGGUGUCCAUCACCCAUUCGACAUGUCUUACUUCAACGGAUACCUUUAUUGGUCUGAUUGGGGAAGUGAAACAUUGAAAGUACAAGAGAUCACUCAUCACCACUCGAGUCCUCACAUCAUCCACACAUUCAACCGUUUCCCAUAUGGUCUUGCUGUCAAUCACUCUCUCUAUCAGACUGGUCCAUCAACCAAUCCAUGUCUAGAGCUCGAAUGUCCAUGGUUGUGCAUUUUGGUGCCAAAGAAUGAUCAAAUCACUGCUGCCAAAUGUGUCUGUCCAGAUGGUUAUACUCAUUCAAUCUUGGAUAACACGUGCAUCCCACCAACAACUAUUGACGAGGAGAAGAAGCUUGAAAAGCUUUCUCAUGUCGGAGCAGCGUUGAUGGCCGAGAAUUGUAAAGCCGGUGUGGCGUGUCUGAAUGGAGGAUCGUGUCGCGAACUUCAGAAUGAGCAUGGAAGAACUCAUCGCAUCGUUUGUGACUGUGAGCAACCAUACGAUGGUCAAUUCUGUGAACGUCUCAAUCCGGAAAUGCUAGCUGCAAUGGAAGAAGAAGACACGUCUGCCGGACUCAUUGCUCUUCUACUCAUCUCUCUCCUCAUUCUCGUCGUUGUUGGAUGUGUCGCCUUCUUCUGGUUCGCUCAACGAGAAUUGACAAACGAAGUGAUUUCCACUGCUCGUGUUCAUGUUGACAACAUGGCUCGGAAGGCUGAGGACGCUGCAGCUCCACUCGUCGACAAGUUGAGAAAGGUCACCGAUAUGCAAAGAAGUACAUCACCAAGAGAAGGAUGUCAUUCGGCAACAAACGUCAACUUCGUCACUGAUGAGACAACUGCCGAGAAGAGAGUUCGAAUGCAAACUUCACCGUCAUCCUAUGGCAAUCCACUCUACGACGAGAUUCCGGAUGUGCCGUCUGGCUUCACGAUAUCCACGUCUGCACCAUUCGCCGGCAUCAUCCGCUUCGAGGAUGACAACAGCUUGUUAGGAAAUAACAAAGAAACAGAAUGCGUAAAUGCUGCCAACAGUGACGAUAGAUGUGUUGUGUGCUGGGAAUUGCUCGGUACUUCUCGUCGUCUUCCGUGCUCUCACCAGUUCCAUGAUUGGUGUCUCAUGUGGUGGCUCGCUCAAGAUUCGUCGUGCCCAACGUGCAGAUGCAUCAUUCCGUCGCCUCAAGAUCAACUGAGAGAAGCAGAUGCAAAUAGCACGACCAGAGUGGUAUUCAAUGGCGGAACAUUCGGAUUCGUUCACUUUCCGCAGUUUCAUCUCGAUCUCGGACCGUUCCUCAGCAGUUUGUUGGGAAGAGCUGCUGAACCAUCGGAAGAGCAGCUGCAAACAAUGUUGGAACAAGUCAGAGAAAUGUUUCCGCAAAUGUCAACAGAAGCAAUUCUGACAGAUCUUCGACAAACGGGAAUGACACAAACGACUAUUGAGAACAUUCUGGAAGGACGUAUUGGAGUGAAUCCGUCGUUACUACCCGGAGCAUUGGAUGAUGAGCUUUCUGAUGAGAGCGAAAACGAGAUCGAGUAUGAAGAACCGAUCGAAGUUAUUCAAGAACCAGACAAUGGACGACAGCGGACAUGGACGAAGUUGAGUACGUCGUCUGGUGAUGAAGAACUCUCUUACUAUGAGAUUCAAAGAGCAAAGAUGAUUGAAACAUAUCGGCGGAAGUACUUGGCUUCAGACAAAGCUGCCGAUUUGCGAGCAAUGGGAAUCACAGAAUAA